CGCAUCGUCUCCGGUUCUUGGGCCCCCGCGUCACGGAUCUGGGAUGUUGGAAUGUCGAACCUCGUAAACGGCCAUGCCGGCGUUGUGCAGGCUGUCGGGUUCUCUCCGGAUGGAAAUCGCAUCGUUUCAGCAUCCAGGAACGAACAACAUGCCCUGUACGUUUGGGAUUCGGCGACAGGAGAAUCUAUUGGCGGGCCGUUGCAUGGCGACAGCGAGACCAUCACUUGCGUUGCCUUUUCGCCAGACGGCAGAAGAGUUAUCUCGGGGUCCUGGGACAAGACGCUGCGGAUAUGGGAUAUCCACCCGGGG